AGGUAAGGUUAUGAUCGAACGGAAGACAUUUUCAUUUUAAUAUACGAUAUAUACGUAUAUGUAUAUAUAUACAUAUAUAUAUAUAUAUAUCAUACAAAAGGUAAAGAAAAUCAAAAGAGAAAAGGGCUGACGUUUUGUUGAAGAAAAUGGCGACGACGUAAAAUUACGAAUGAAAAUAAAAUGGAUAAAGGUACGGUGACAAGGGUGAAAAAAUUUGGUUGCGAAUGUUGGAAAAAUAAGAUCCCUCAAUAUAAGAAGAAACAGCGCGAUCGUUGUAAGAGAAAAAGGCAAACGUUGGUAUUCAACGUAAAUCCGGACGAUGAGAUAUGGCAUGAACCUUAUAUGCAACGUCUUCAAAAAGAAUUCUCGGAUGUUUCGAUCCUUUGCGACUCGAAGAUCGAGUUACCAUGGAAGGACAUUGCAUUACCGACUGUGGUAAGAAAAAUUCGUACGACUGAUGUCUCCUCGGUCGAUCAUGAAAAGGAAGAUGAGAUUCCCGUCGAGAUCGAUUUCGACGAAUCGGAGAAAAAGGAAUCGAACGGGUUUAUGACAUUACCCUGGCACAAAUUAUUGAUCACCAACGUUAUUUCACCGUCGAGAGAUAUCGUUCCAGUAUGUUGCGAUUCGAGCGUUGAAAUACCAUGGGAAGAUCUUGCAUUGGACAAACCGGUCAAUAUCCGUGUCCCACCUACGGACAAAAAAGAUUCAUGCGUGCCCGACGACCUCGAGAUACCAUGGCAAGACAUUCUCGUACCCCAGAAUAUCGUUAUCGAGGCGCCAAAGAAAAAUUGUAAUUCUUUCGACGGAAGAAGAAAGAAAAAAUAAAUGAUGGUCUGUCUCCUUUCUAAUCGAUA